GCGACACAUCGGAGUCGCUGGUCCGCGCGCGCCAAACACAUGCAAACCGUGUAUAAAGUUUGUGACCACUUAUCGUGUUAUGUGAGUGAAUGUGUUGUAUGUGGAUUAAAAAAUCCUAGAUGAACGUGAGGACAGUGAGUGACACCCGGGAAUCAAAAAAUGGAUAAAAUCGAGUUACUGGGCGGUGCCUGCUUUAGUCACGGCCCGUAUACAUUUUACAAGGCAGUUCGAAUAGGAAAUGGUCGUGUUCUUCGUCUAGGAAGUUUUUUCCUGACAAAACUUUGGAGUGAUGCCGAUCUCGUCAGCAUCGGUGAGCUUCAAUUACUCUGGCUUGACAGCCGGGGGCCAAACACACCCCUCGCCUCUUUGCGGCUCUACUUCCUGCCGGAAAACACCCCUGAUGGUCGAAGGGACACGCAUGGAGAGGAUGAGGUACUGACGAUAUCAGAGAAGGUGGUUGUGCGAGUCCACGAUCUUGUUACGUGGUUGGCGCCGUCUUUGGAGUGGUCCUGGGGGAGAGAGGUGUCUUAUCCACCAACCCCGUUAUCUUCUCCCGAGAGCAGUCCAAUUAAACAAGACUUAGGUCAACCCCAGGUACUGACGGAUCCUGGCAUCGACUUUUCAGACGUCGACAAGCAGCAACAGGAGUUCGAAAGCAAUCAUAAUUCGACGAAACGCUUCGAUGGAAGCAUACAGACGAAGGUGGUUGUUCUCUCGUAUCCAAGAUAUUGUAGGUACAGAGCCCUUCUUCGAAGACUUGAUGGAUCGCAAGCAUCCUGGCUCUGGUCUUCGGUAGCGGCUGCCGUAGGUGGUUUCACCGUCAAUCCUGGCACAAGGGUCCUUUUUUGUAGAGAUACAUUCGACUAUCCAGAUCUCGAAACGCACGAAUUGCUUUGCAAUCACUUAGCCCCAAAAUUAAAAGGAAGGCCCCGAAGAAAACGGAAAAAGCGUAGCGUUUCGCCUGGUGAAUCCAGCAAUGAGAGUGAAGCUUCCGUUGCCUCUUCCGUAGUUGCUUCGACUUCCAAAGCCUCCUCGACUAACUCCAUCAUCAGUAGAUCAACUUCCGCUGGAGUACGUCGAAGUGAGCGAAAAGCAAGUGUAGAAGAGAAAAAAUUUCUGACUGAUAUUCAGAAGUUUAUGAAUUUACGGGGCACACCUGUAGGAAAAAUGCCCUUGUUGGGUUAUAGGCAAAUUGAUCUAUACCUCUUUUAUACAAAAGUACAAACGUUGGGUGGUUACGAUUCAGUGAGUGCUGGUCGACUCUGGAAGUCGAUAUACGACGAUAUUGGUGGAAACACGGCGUCAACGAGUGCUGCGACGAUUACAAGAAGGCACUAUGAAAGGUUGCUGCUGCCGUACGAGAGGCGUCAGAAAGGCGAAGAGACGAAAGUUAGGCCAACUCAUGGGAGAAGAACGAAAACAAGUAGUUCAUCAGAGGAGGCGAUUGAAAUCAAAGAUGAACCUGAUAGCGUUUAUCCUAGGGAAGCGACACCUCCAAGUUCAACACCAAAUUCGACUACCGUCACACCUUCCUUACAGUCAAUUCUUUCAACCUCGCAUCUACCUGGAGAGAAACCCAGAAUGGAGAGUGGCAAGACUUCGUCGUUACGGAGUGUAAGGGUGAAACCAGAUCGCCUAAAAUCUCUAAAUACAAUAAUUGCCAAUACACCUUCUGCCAGCCAGCAAGCUAGCCAACUGCCAAGUCCUCCACCUUCCUCAAUUUCAUCGUCUACGCCUAGUAGCACGCCGUCUACGACGCCCACGGGCGGUAGUCAAAGUGUCUUGGAAAGACAGCUCAAUAGUCCCUUAAUAUCUCAACAAGUACCACCACCAAGUCCGCCUCCGGACCUACCCGUAAGCGCCGUAACAUCGAAUGCUUCCGCGGUAGUGACGUUAACGCCUCCGCCUGAAAAGGACAUUAAAGAAAUCAAGCUCGACCCGAAGCAGACUACACUCUUGGCACAGGGAAAGGAGAACAUUCCUCUUUUUGACGAGAAGCCAAUCUUCCUCGACAAACCAAUCAUACCACCAAGAUCUCCGGAGGUGAUCGACCUCGAGAACGAGAGUGACACGAGUAGGGACAAAAUUAUAAUCCCCAGUUUCAAGAGGCAAAAACUCGAGAUCCUUCGGGAAGGCGGGUUGGAAGUGACGGCUGUGGACGCACGAGCCACUGUCAUUCAACCCAAUGCAGCGCCCCCUGCAUCUCUCAGAUCCGAGCAAAAGUCUCCCUCGCCCUUGCCUCAAGCAGUCACACCAAACUCGAUACCAAAGCUCAUCUCCGUCACUGUAACUCCCGACAUCGGACACAUGCUUCCAUCUUCCCAUGAAAAUCACAAUUCUCAUCAACAAUCGAGGCAUCAGACUCCAACGAAACAGCCGACAAGUCAGCAUAACAUCUCUCCCGGCAAUAACGCUCUCAGCAAUAGAGUUAUAAAUCUCGGAAAUACGAAUACCAGUUUGAUCCAGCUGUACGCCAAUGCAAGCGCCGCUGUUUCCCAAGCUGCGACAUCGCCAUCGUCGAAUCACAGAUUCGUCGCUCCCGCAGUUCCUAACGGAAGGGUGGUACCGCCCAGGGUGACGCAGUCCAGGUCUAUAUUCGCACACAGCGAGAAGAUGGUCUACGGCAAUCCUAAGGACAUUCUCACCACUCCGAAGUAUCCACCUCCUCCUGUUGUUCAGCCUCCACCGAGGAACGAAAGUCUACCAGUCGGGGUUCUUGAUCUCACCCAAAAGCCUACUUUCUUCAGGCCCAGUUUGGAGAUUGUCCGAGUACCGGUCGUCCCGAGGCCUAACCCUAUCAACCUGGAAGCCCGGAACACGCACAACAAACACAAGAAUCUGGAGUCUCAUUCUCCGAGGAAGGACCAGUUCCAAAACUACUCUGGUGUCCUCGACAGCAGAACGAUGGCGUCCAACAACCUCGAGAUCACGCUCGUCAAUCCCAAGAAAUCGCAUUCUAGCUCUCCUCAGUUGCCGAGUCCACCCAACAGGAAUCACAGUCCGAUGUCGAAUCAGAGGAGGCAGCAGGUGAAUGGAAAGUACCCGGUGAGGAAUGAGCCUGUUUCGCCUUACACGCCCAGGAAACCGACGCAUCCGGUAAUACCAAAUGUCCCGAACUUGAGUCAGCUGAACAACGCAUCUUCCUACUCGAGGUCGAGCAAUCAUCAGAGUGGUCUCGAGCGGACGAAAGCUGCCGCGGAGGCGGCAAAGGAGCAUCAGCGCAGGAUCAGCGAGGGCGACAAGUCGCCAAUGGGCCUGAUGGUCCAGGAGGCCUCGCAGAAGCAGAGUGACGCAUCCAGGAGGCACAGUGUGCCGAAUAUUCCUUCGGGAUUUGUUCCUGUCAUUUCGCAAAAUAAUGCCGCCUUCCUCGCACAGCUGCCAAAUACUCCGGGCAAGUUCCUUCCUGUCAUGGACCCGAUGUACUACCCUGCGCUGUACAAUGGAUUCUUCCCUCCACCGAUAUCAGCCGCAGGUUCUGGAUCAUUUUUGUCUCCGGAGUUUAGCGCUUAUUACAAGGAACUGCUGGCAUCAUCUUCGCAAACAAGACUGGGGAUGGCGGGACAGCAUCAUAAUACUGUGCCGACGUCCAAGUAGAUGAUGGGAUCUCAAUUAGGGUUAUCGGUCAAAGAUCGAAUGGUCAUAAUUUGAUGAUUCCUUUUUCAAUCUGACCCAAAAGACACUCGCGAGAUUUUUCAUCUGAGAUUCAUGUUUCGAAUUGCCAUUUCGUCGCUCUAGAGUUAUUGGGAAUGGUGCUCUACCAUUUCGCCACCUGGUGCCGAAAACUGGAACUGGAGAGAGUAGAUACAAUUUUAAAGAUGUAUUUUAAUUUUCACAUAAAGUGUUUUAAUGAUUGUUUUGUCAAGUAUAAAAACAAUAAUUGAAUACGAAAAACAAAUCCUCAUCCAAAACAAAUAGUUUUUGAUAGAAUUUCAAUCUUAUGCAGUCAAAAAGUUCAUUUUUGUCCAAUAGGUUUUAAAAAAAUCGAAACAAUUGUUUCACUAUUUAUAUCCAGAUUAUACAAAGAAUACGAAUAAGAGACGAUUGAAAUUUAAAUACGAAGUCUAAUCUAACUUUUAGAUCAGAUUUUCAAAUAGUAAAUAUUUCUGUCAAAAAAUGUAUUUUUUCACUGUGUAAUA